AUGACAGUUUCUACAAGAACUUUAGUAAAAAUUGCUGCUUGGGGUGCUCUUGUAGUUAGCUCAACAGGUUUUUAUUUACAGAAUAAACUUAUAGAUAGGUAUAGAAAUUGGGACUCUUACAAGGACGCCUUGCGGAAACUGAGGGCUCAUCCAGGUGCCGUGCAUUACCUUGGAGAACCAAUCAAGGAUAAGCGAUUUAAGCUGAGUGAUACUGAACAUAAUUUCUCUGAUAGAACAACAGCACGUUUUCGUAUACCCGUUUAUGGACCAAAAGACAAAGGCUAUUAUUACUUCUGGGCUGAAAAAGAUAACGACAAUUGGUUGUUGGUUAGAGCUGAUUUGGAAUUAAAAUCAAAACCAGAAGAAAGACUAAUUAUAAUCAAAGAAAAUAAGUAG